AUAAACACACUAGAGCAUUUGCGAAGAGCGGACAUCCCAUAUCCUCAACAGAGCAACAAUGGCGAUUUCAUCUCCAUAUCUCUUCCCAAUAUGCAAUUUCUCCUCCAUUGCGGCUAAACCAAAACUCUCUUUUCUUUCUAUGCCAUCAAAUUCUUGUAAGUUCCAGCCCAUCAAACCCUUCCUACUCUCGACAUCAAGAAUCCUUGCUGCCGCUGAUGUCUUGGACUCCUCCGCAGAUGCUGCUGAUACCGAGGACGAAGUUUCUGCUACUUCAUCACCAGAUGUCAGCUUUGACUCUGAUAAGGUGGCACCAAAACAGAAGAUUAGGAUCAAAUUGAAAUCAUACUGGGUGCCUUUGAUAGAAGACUCCUGCAAGCAGAUAAUGGAUGCUGCAAGGACAACAAAUGCAAAGACCAUGGGUCCCAUACCGCUGCCGACCAAGAAGAGAGUACAUUGUGUGCUUAAAUCCCCACAUGUGCACAAAGAUGCCAGGUUCCAUUUUGAGAUUAGAACACAUCAGCGCCUCAUUGACAUUCUUUACCCAACUGCCCAAACGAUUGACUCCUUGAUGCAGCUAGACCUUCCUGCUGGAGUUGAUGUGGAGGUCAAGCUAUGAAAAAUUCAGGGUCUCUCCUUCGUUAACUCAUCAGUAACCUUAUUAUUUCUUUACAGUUCUGCUUUUUGAAAUCUGAAUAGAAUCAGUGCUGAACAAACAUCGACUUGCCGAAGGGAAUGAUUGACACAAUCUCUCUGUCAAAGUUUGAAUGCUAUCAUUCAUCAUUGUGCACUAUAGAGUGUUUCUCCUUUUCAUAAAUACUUCCUCUGUUCGUUUUAAAUGCAACCCUUCAAAUUCACGCAAAGUUUAAGAAAUUGAUAUAAAACAUUUUUCUUCCUGUUUUUCCCUUCGGUGCUAACACUUUCUGACAAUCAACUAAUCAAGCUCCAUGUUCAUCUUUCGCCAUUGACACUUAGUAUUUUCUCUCUCAUGCCUCAUCCUUCAACGAACAUCUCUGCAUAGUAUUGCUCGUCUGAGUGGUUUUAUCUCUUAGGUUUAUUUAAAUCCAUUAUUGGAGUCUACCCGAGACUUGCUCAUUACUUAUUCCUUACAGUCCUAUUGGAUCUUGGUGGAAGUACAGAGAAACAUAUUUGCAUCGUCGCAAUUUAGGAUUUCUAGCUUGAACUCCAAAUUAAAUUAAACAAAAGAGAAAAAACUAGAAGGUUAUGAAAGAGGGGAAAAAGGAAUGGCUGAGAAAAAAGCUUGAAAGCCUGGAGAUUGGGAGAGGGAAGAAAUGGACAAAGAUGGAGGGUGGCCGGAGGGGUGGAAAGGGUAGGGCGGCGGGGAAUAUGGGUGCAGGGUGUAGGGUGCAGAAGAUGGACUUAUAGAGUUUAAGAGUAUGAUUGUCAUUUUGGUUAUUUGUUGUUACCAAAAAGGGAAGUGUUACCGUUAUUUUGAAAUUGUCCAAAAAGAAAAGUGUUUCAAUCAUUUAAGAGAAGUAUAUAAUUACUUCUAAUGGAACUCUAACUUCCUCUGUCAGGCCUUCCUGACUUUGUGUUUGCCUUUCUUACUUGACCUGAAUCCUGAAUAUGUUGCUCUUGUAAUUUUUUCAUUUUUACAUGUGAUCAGGAACGAAAGUGUGUGGG